GGGAAUACCAGCAAGUAUGGGUCCAUUGCUGGAUCCUCUUAGCCACUUUCUUCUUCUUCUUACCUUACUGCUACAAGUAUGGAGCUAUCAUCCAUAUGCAGAAAUGGUGUCUUCAAUUAGCAAUGAAGGAAGUAAUCCUGCUUGCAAUCUGUAUGCAGGAAGUUGGGUGUAUGAUGAGAGUUACCCGCUGUUUUCUUCCAAAGAUUAUUUUUUCGUUCCAGACAAUCGGAAAUGUUCCAACAGAAAAGAUACGAGCUACCUCCAUUAUAGGUGGCAGCCCACUAACUGUAAUCUCCCCAAGUUUGAAGCAGGAAAAUUCUUGGAAAAGUACAGAGGGAAAAUGGUGAUGUUUGUGGGGGACUCCUUGGCAGAAAUCCAGUGGAUGUCAUUGGCAGGCUUGAUUCAAGCAUAUGAUCCGAACGCCACGUGCGUCCGCACCGUACGUGGCAAAAUAUAUUUCACUCUCUAUUUCGAGAAAUACAAACUCUCUCUUGCUUACGAGCAAAAUAGGUACCUGGCUCUUUUGGAUGGCCAAAAGCUAAGGCUUGACACCAUCUCACCUGCUAGCCUUGCAUGGUGGAAGGAUGCCCAUAUGAUAGUGUUCAACACUUUUCACUGGUAUACACACAGCACCAAUCUUGAAUGGAAGUCUGUUGAAGAAAACAAUACGGUUUAUCCAACAAUGGUACCCAUGAAAGCAUUGACAAUAGCUUUAAAUCAUUGGGGUAAAGUGGUUGAUGAGGAGAUAGAUCACAAAAAGACGAGGGUGUUUUUCCUUGGGAUAACUGCUGUGCAUCCGGGUUGCACCAAGUACACAACGCCCAUAAGUGAAUCAUCUUUGGCAGAUCACACGGAUUCCUACAUUGCAGACGGGGAAGAAAUAAUAGAGAAUGAGCUGCGGCAAAUGAAGAGUGAAGUGACUUUGCUGGACAUUACGCUGUUGACUCGGUUGCGACCGGACGGCCAUCCCGGGAUGUACAAUGGAGCCUUGGAUUGCAGCCAUUAUUGUGUUUCCGGAGUUCCUGAAGCUUGGAACCAGCUCUUGUAUGCUGAACUCUUCCCCGACUACUAGCCAGGCCAGUAGGCCACCUUCUCAUCGAUGAAGAUAUAUUUCUCUUUUAUUAUACAAAAAAAGGAUCAUUCCAUCAAUUUGAAGAUUUAAUUAUUUAAGUAUCUUCUGGAGAUUUAAUUAUUUAAGCAUCUUUCUUCUAUACUCAAAGCACAAAUUUAAUUUAAGAGCAUGUCCUUAGGCCAUGUUCAAUUCUAUCUGUAUUUUUGGCCUCUACACAAUGGGUUGAGAUAAACAUGUCAUGUUACCA